AACCAGUGGUGAGCGUCCCCUCCCAAUUGAGCGGGAAUAUUAAUUUGUGUUUUGUUGUUAUCAUACUGUCGUGCGCGCAAUGUGGCCAACCAUGCUUUUGCCAAAUGAUGUGCAGGAUCGAAAAGAGAAAGAUCCGGUGGAGGUAUGGGUGUUCGAGGCCGCGGAGCCGGGUCAAGCGCAGGAUUCGGAUUCUGAUUCUGGUUUGCCGCUGGCAUCUGAGCUGCAAGAAAGGCGGAUAUUUAACAGAAAGAGAGGGGAUGAUAAGGGGGAGGGGGAAAAGGAAAUCGUGAUAGACUCACAGGAUGCGAAGAGCUGUGAAAGGACCACUGAAGCAUCAGUUACGGAGAAGCAGCUGUCAUACGAGCAGCUGCAGAAAGCUACAAGCAACUUCUCCCACUCAACCAUGGUGGUGAAGCAUGAUAUGCAGAUCGUUCACCUUGCAAAGCUGCCACGUGGCAAGGCGGCUGUCAUCGAGCAAUUCACUCUGAAAAUUGACACAAAGGAAGAGGUUGGUGUGGAGGAGAUACAUGCGCGAAUUGCUCCCAUUUGCCGCUUAGAGCAUCCCAAUAUCAUCGAGGUCUUGGGGUAUUGCUACGCGUCCAAAGUGCUGCUGAUUGCAUUCGAUCAUCUUCCGAAUGGCACGCUGGAGCAACACCUAUACGGAAGGCGUACAAGCAGCAAGGGUGCAGAGGAGAGCCUGCCAGGUCUAAAUUGGGAACAGAGAAUGAAGGUUGCCCUUGGUUCUGCACGUGGCAUGGAGUAUCUGCACCACGGAACAAGCAAGCCAAUUGUGCAUGGCCAGUUUCAUGCGCGCAAUAUCUUCCUUGAUGAUCACUUCAAUGUGAAAGUGGGGGGCUUUGGUCUUCCAUGGUUGAGCUCGUCAGCAUCCUUUCGGCGCCCACAGGAUGGAAAAGAGCUGGACGAACCACUCCUUGAGCUUCCUUCACCGGAUGGAGCAUGUGUUUCCUCAAAGCAGCUUGAGGAAGAAUCCCCGGAGCCCACGAUGGAGUCAGAUGUGUAUGACUAUGGCGUUGUUCUGCUACAACUCAUAACUGGCCAGAAACCCAUUGAUCCAACUCGGCCUGAUGGCCAACAGUCACUUGUUGAAUGGGUCACUCCACUUCUGUCUGAGGACCUGGAAAAGUUCAGCUGUGUCAUUGACCCCUCCCUAGACGGGAUCUACUCGAGAAAGGCGAUGGCAAAAAUGGCAUGCCUGGCUAAGAGAUGCCUCUCUCAAGAUCCACAGGAAAGACCUUCCUUGCGGGAUAUUGUGGCGGAGGUGGUGGAUUGUCAUCACCGCAAGUUCCCUUCACAUAUCUUGGAGCGCCCGGACAUCUUUUCGUUCUUGGAGACCACCAAUCACUGUUCGCGCCUGUGCCGCGUAUUCUUCAAGACGUGGAGCCUUCAAGAAACGAAGUCUGACAGAAGGGAGGCUGAAACUGACUCGGAGAGAAUCUUCCGCUCCUGGAUUGCAGUGGCAUGAGCAAGUGGAGCAAGCAAGUGAGCCACCGCUGUUGGGCGCACACACUUUAUACCCGUUCUAGUGUAUCUACUGUCUAGUAUGUGGCAGUAUGCCACACACAUGAGGAAGCAAAUGGAAAACAGGUUUGCAAACUCAGUCUUUUUGGCCAACUAGGUUUCUUCUUUUUUGCAUUUGUUUAAUUUCUCUUCCCUGUAUUUUUUUACUAUUUUGUCAACCUCGAUCUCGUCCCCUCGAAUGUGGGCGCGCUGCCCACAGCUCGGAAAGAGGUGGGAGUUUCAAGUGCUGUCCCUCUCUACCCAUGCUGUGGGGAGAGGUGGGCGUAAAAGGGAUUAGGACUCUUUAGGAGCUUAGUGAAGGCGUCAACUACAGUCUUCCCCCGAACACAAAGCAACCUCAUUUUGGCUGUAUCUGCCCGGAAAUAUAACUCGCAUACAUUCAUUUUUAGGGUGCGUUAUGUUCGGGGGAAGACGGUAGCUACUGUUGGGUUACGAGCAGUGGCAAAGGGAAGUCGGAAGAACGAAAGGAUGGCCUCCGAAUUCUGCGCAGGAAGCAGAAAGUCCAUUGUAGCGAGUGGUAGUCAGCUCACUGUAGAGAAGAAGCAAUAUCAUUGGGGAGGCCUGGGAAGCUGGGGGGGGGGGGGGUAGAAGGGGGGGUUAGGAUCUCGGUGACUGCGACAACUGGGGUACCAGCAGUGGACAAGGGAAGACAGAAUGAAAGAGUGGCCUCCAAAUUAUGUGCAAGAAGAAGCUCAUUGUAGUUAGCGAUAGUGCGUUCGCUGUUGAGAAGCGAUACCGGCGGAGGCCUGCGAUGAUUCUGCUUUGAGCAAAAGAGCAGCAGUUGUUAUAACAGAGAUAGAGGCGAAUCUCUGCCACAGUCCAGUGGUCUUCAUGCUUGCUCCCUGGCCAUGCAAAAGCAUGCACAGCACACUGUAGCAGGGAGUCUGGGUGAAAGAAUAAAUAGCCUGUGAAUGC